UUGGCGCCAAGACUUUUGGAUUCUGGAACACAUCACUGUUUGUAUGUUCGGGGUAACGAGUUGGACUGUGGUCAAAAGAGGUCUUCCUAUUUUUAGAUUGGAUAGAAGAUGUACAGUGGAAAGUGAUUGUUGAACCACGUGGAGCUCCCCAAGCUACUUGUGCAUUGUGCAGUUUUCUCGAUGUGUGAAGUGGAGGAGUUUCCUAAGACUGGGAUUUCUGAAACGACAUUGCUCUACUAAGCUUGUGUUGUGCUUUCACAUUUUCAUUGCUAUAACUGAGUCGGUGAAUCGGAACAAGAUGAAUAACGAUUUUGAAAAACUGGAACGUGACUUCGAAACCUGUAGGCCUUUCUUAUUGGACAACAAGAACUUUCCGGAUUACAUGAACCUUCUCAGUGAACAAGUUCGACUUCUCCAAAGGGGAAGCUUCGAGGAGAGCUACCGAGUGGGUGAAGUCCUCGGAAAAGGAGGCUUUGGCACUGUUUAUGCCGGAAUCCGAGUGUGUGAUGGUCGUCAAGUGGCCAUCAAACAUGUGGCCAGAGCAAAGGUCACCGACUGGGAUAUGCUGCAAAACAAACGAGUUCCUUUGGAACUGAAGCUCCUCUCACAGGUCCAAUCGAUCCCAGGCGUAAUCCGUCUCUUGGACUUUUUUGAGCGCAAGGAUUCCUUCAUCUAUGUGAUGGAAAAGCCCUCUCCUUGCAAAGACCUUUUCGACUUCAUCACGGAAAAAGGAAAGCUUGAAGAGCAAAUGGCCCGGAAUUUCUUCCGCCAAGUGGUCGAAACUGUGAUUGCUUGCCAUCGCAACGGAGUGAUCCAUCGGGAUAUCAAGGAUGAAAAUCUUUUGGUUGACCUCAAGACUCUGGAACUUAAGCUCAUCGAUUUCGGUUCUGGAUCUUACUUGAAGGACGGCGUUUACACAGACUUUGACGGUACGCGAGUGUACGCCCCUCCCGAAUGGAUACGUUGCAGCCGAUAUCACGGUAAUCCGGCCACUGUGUGGAGCCUAGGGAUCCUUUUGUUCGACAUGGUGUGUGGUGACAUCCCUUUUGAACAAGACCAACAGAUCUGUCUCGCCGAAGUCAAAUUCCGCAGUCGACUCACUCAUGAGUGCCAAGAUCUCAUCCGUCGGUGUCUUCGAGUCCGACCCAAUGACCGAGUUCAGUUGGAGGACAUUUUGCACCAUCCAUGGAUGUCGAUUCCCUUGGAUAAGAGUGUGACGAGCUCGUCCAGUUCAACAUCAACCAACAACACGCUAUUGGCUGAGGCGUCGCCUUCAGCCUCGUCAACAUUGACGGCCUCCUCGUCCUUGUCCUCCUCGCCUUCAACAUCUUCAAACGGACAUUCGCAUACGAACUCUACAUCGUCUCAAGAGAGUGUUUGAUGAAUUGGAUGGUGAUUUGCUAUGUGAACAAAGCAGAUUCAUCAUCCUGGACUUGCGGUUAUUGUGCUUGUCUCCGUGAUAACUCAAACACAACCAUCUUAGACCAACCAUUGAUUUGUUUGUUUGUAUGGACGAAUGUAUCCUGGUGAAGGGACAGGAGCCCAUCAGCCUUCCCUCCCCCGUCCCCUCAAUAGUUAACCAUAUUGGAACUAUUGGGGUAGCCAAGUUGUUCCGUUACAGACAAGAACACGGUUUUCUGUGCUUCAAUUUCCUUCGAACCUACCAAAGAGCCUAUUAUCAAUUCAAAUUACCACAAACCAUCCUGCCUUAUUCCGUUGUUAUCGCCCUAUUCAAGUGCAGUGGUGCACUCUAAAACUAACCAGACCAGAAGGAAAGAAAUGGCCCAGAAGAAUGCACCUGGAAGGAGCAAGAACCUCUUUGCAGUGGAGAAAAAGCGGGAAAGCAACGCUGGAUGAGAGAUCAAAGUUUCAUCCUCAUCCUGAUAAACCACCACCACCACCACCACUACUACUACUACUACUACUAUUACUACUUCAACAACUAUUACUACUACUACUACUACUACUACUACUACUACUACUAGUACUGCUACCACUACUACUACUACUACUACUACUAGUAGUAUUGCUGCUGCCAGUGUUGGUACUGGCACUUUGGUGAUGCCGGAAAUCUUUACUAUACCACAGCCUUAACCAUCACCUAGAGCAACUACUACGAUUUCAAUCUGCCCAAAGUCAUACAAAUACGUACGCUCUCGAUGUUGACGAAAGUUGACUCCUUGCUCGUUCUCCUCCACCUCUUCCUUCUCCAUCUCCUCUCCUUCCAGAUGAAUUUUUCUUGGCUAAAAACAUUGAAGAAGAAAACAUGCCUUGUCUAUAAACCUCAGCUGUCAUGAUGUUAAAAAUGAAGCAGUCAGACCCCAUUUCCCCAAUUCCCACCCAAAUUGUACAUACUAUCACUUAGUUUACAUCAAUUGGAGUUCAAGGCUACACCAUUGGAUGAGGACACUUGACUAUGUAUUGAUCUCAAUAAAAAGGUGUCAUUGCAACAAGCAACCACAUGUCUCCCGGAACGACUACUAAUGAAUUCCUCGCAAUAAACUCGAUCUAAAGAUAAGAACAAGAAGACCCCGUAGAAAAUGAGAACACUCAAGAAUCGUCCAAGAUCCCUAUCGCAACACCAGUUGCCCAUCGGUUCGUUUUGGUCGCUUGGUAGUCUUUCGAGUGACUGGUUAAACUAUUCCAGGCCUCGUCAGGCUUACGCGGAUCCCUCGCGAGAUCUGAAACCUCAUUAUGCCAGACAACCUUGCAAGUGGACAUAUUCCCAGGCUACCUACCACCACGAAACAUCACUCAAUCAAUAAUAAUGAUAAGCAAUCGUUCCCGGAAAAAAAUUGACAACUCUGGCAAUUGGUAGCCACUUGAUAAACAAUGGACCGAUGCUUUUGUGACUUCGUCUUCGAUUGGAAACCAAGACAACUACUGCUUGCUCUUUGUCUCGUGACCUUCUUCUCUCUUCAUUUCGUAAUGAUCAUUCAACCGACCUCCUGAACUCCUCUCUCUCCCCCUCCCCAACCCCACCCAACAAAUUGGAGAUAAUAGAAAAUAGUUGCCUGACGGAGAUGCUGCUCACAUUUCGAAUACUUUGAUUCUACCUAACAUGGCCACAUCUCUUGAUCACUGAAACAUCUGCCGUUGCAAAUCUAAAAUUCAUUCAGAACAAUGUAAAUAAUAAAAUCAAACGACUCCAAGGUGGCCUUUUUUCGCAAGCCUUCGAAGAGCGUGUCCUUUGUGAUCAAGAGUGAUGCCAUUUUUGUAAAAUUGUCUCCUCCGCUUUGGCAUUGCCACAUUUAGCUCCCCACAAUCCUCCUUUCAACAAUAGCGACAGUACUCGGACGCCCGCUGUGACCUCCCAAAUUUGACAUUUGGGUUUUUAAUCCACGAGAGCAAGCACGAUGCUUGAUGGAUUGGUUUCACCCCUCUUCAGUUUCCACGUUCAGUUUCCGCCCGCCCCGUCUUAGCCCCACUUCGCCGAUAUCACUUGACCUGAUUUGUUUUCUUGAGUCUCCAAGUCUAAUUGUAUUAGAUUGAUCCAUCAUUAUAUAUUAUAUAAAACUUAUCACACACGUAUAGAUUAUCAUUUUUGUUAAAAUAAAGUAACCAUUAAGAGAA